AUGAAUGAUGAAUUGAUAAAAAUUAAAGAAAAUUACAAACAAGAACAAGAUAAAAUUGAAAUGAAAUAUAAAAAUCAUUUAAACUCAAUGAAUCAAGCUUGGAUGAUCUUGCAACAACAAAAUAAAACACAAUCUGAAAAUUUAAUGACAAUGAACGCAGCGAUCUCUCAAUCGGUAUUUCCUAUGUGCCAAAACAUUGUUACAGCCGUAUUCUCAGUUGCUAAUAAAUUGAAAAACAUAUUAAAAACUGAUGAAUUUGAUGAUCUAAUCGUAAACUUGUCUACAGAAAUAUCGUAUCUGAAGGAAACACAACAAUCCUACUCCAAUCAUCAAUCCUCUCUACUGCAACUAACCAACAAACAAAAUGAAAUAUUAAAUUUAGCAUUAGAUUCAUUAUUACUUAAUACCAAUGGUCUACAGUGA